AUGACGGAACCACCUCCAUCGUUUACCGUCGAUCCUAAUUUCACAAAGAUCAAGGAUAGCGGUCUCGACGAAAAGGUCCGGAAGCAAUCCGAGAUAUACCUCAAAAUGAGAUACGAUCAUAUGAUCAAAGUUCAAAGAAGAAGAUUCGCCGAGUAUUUCCUGUCCAAAGUUCUCUUCAAUGAAACUGGUCUUCGGAUUGCUGAUCAAUUGAUGUAUGAAAAUUGCAAACAAGUAUACGGAACAUCCCAUUGGGAAGAUCUUCCCAAGGAAUGGGUUACGACAGAAACAUUCCUUGAGAAAUUCUUUGAUGAAGAGGAGUUGGAAAAAGAUCAAUUCGGAAUGCAACGACUCGACAGAGUAGCUGGUUCGGCACGUGGAAUGAUCAUUAUGAAGUAUCUGAAAAUGAAUCCACACUGUGGUCCGGAAUACAAGCUUCUUCACAAAGAGAUAGCUGAUGACGAGAAUCUGGUUCAUACGGACUUGGUGAAGGAGAUUCUCGACGAAGGACCGAUUUAUGAGUUGAGAAAAGACGACCAAGGAGAAGAGCAAAAAUACAGAGCAGAGAAAUGGAAUAUUCAUAAGUAA